AUGGGGCGCGAAGACCAAAUAGAAGAGAGGGAAGUCCUCGAGUCAAUUUUCCCCGAUGAAAUCACAGACAUAAGCGAAACCGAGUUCCGCAUCUCAAUAACCCUCGACAUACCCGAAGAUGACACCGAGUCCGAACCGCCCGUGAUGCUCCUGACAGUGCAGUACCCAGAGGCGUACCCAGACGUGGCGCCGAGGCUCGACCUAGCGGCGCCGCAAAACAACACCUCCUCACACCCAUACUUCAACGUGUCCGAGGAUAAGGAGCAGCUGCUGGCAGGGGUCGAGGAGACCAUCAACGAGAACCUCGGGAUGGCCAUGGUGUUCACGGUGGUGUCGGCGCUCAAGGAGGCGGCGGAGCAGCUGGUGGUGGACCGGCGCGAGGCAAAAGUGCGCGAGCAGGAGGAGGCGGCGCUGGCGGCCGAGCGUGAGGAGAACAAAAAGUUCCACGGGGAGCCCGUCAACCCGGAAUCCUUCAUGCGAUGGAGGGCAGGGUUCCUCAAGGAGAUGGAGGAGCAGAGGCAACGCGAGGAGGAGGAGAGGUUGGCCGAGCUCAAGAAGCAAAAGAUCAAGGAGCCCGUCAAGCUGACGGGGAAGCAGCUGUGGCAGCAGGGCUUGGUUGGCAAGGUUGUCGAGGAUGACGAUGACGACGAUGCGCCCGUGGCCGAGGUGGAGAAGCUCAAGGUCGCUGCAUGA